GGAACAUCAUGCUCAUCUCAUCGGUCCCUUGCACCCAGCAACAAUCUAAUUAACUAAUCGUGCAUAAUGAGCCGUUCAUUUCCAAUUCACCUUUUACCUUCACAGCACCAUCGCCUUUGCCCAAACGUCCUGUUCUGGCCACUGCAAACAUGACGACUACUACCCGUUCAGCAGCGAAGAAACAUGAGCAGCCGUCUGGCGCUCUCUCUGCCGCCGAAGCCCAGCCCGGGUCAAAGCACAAGACGCAAGAAUCCCCCGCACCUCGCAGCCCCAAGCGAACCAAGAAGACAGAUGAGGGUUCACCUGCCAGCGAGGAGAAGAGGCUAAAGCGAGCAAAGGAGAGUAAGGAGAAGGAAAAGAAGGAAGAUCAGGAGAAGGGGUCAAUGGAGGAAAGAAGGGAGAAGCAGCAGAACGGCGGCGGAAUGGAGAAGACGGAAGCAAGACCGAAAGAGACCGCCACCUCUGCCGUUGAGCCCCAAGGCCGCGAUGACACCGAACAAGUUCCAUCCAGUAUCCUCGAAAAAGGCAUCAUCUACUUCUUCUUCCGGCCCCGCGUCAACGUCGACUCGCCCUCGGACGUGAGCGACAUCGCCCGGAGCCAUAUCAUCCUGCGGCCCAUCGAGCAAGACGCCAAGCUCGGCAGCGGCCCCAUCGGCGAUGCCCGCAACAGCCGGCUCUGCUUGCUGCCCAAGAAGACCCUGCCACAAUCGGGCCGGGACCGGUUUACCGCCUUUGUCGAGAAGUCGAACGUCUCGUUCCAGACGCUCAAGGACGAGUUCCUGGCUUCCGGCGACUAUCAGACCAAAACUGCCGGCACAAGGCACACGCCUGCGGCGACGCCCGUUGGGGAGGGGGUGUAUGCCAUUACGAGCACGGGCAGAACGAGUCAUUUGGUGUAUAUUCUGACUCUGCCCGAGAAGCUGGGGGAGGUGCAGAAGGAGAUUGGGCUGAAGGAGAGGGGAAGCUUCGUCAUCAGCACCAAGAACCCGGAGUUCCCUGGGCCACAGAAUGCCCGGUUGCCAAAGGCCCCGGAGUAUCCCAAAGAGCUCUUUGAGGAAUUCCGAUCCCUCCGCUGGGUGCCGACCCAGCCAAAGCACCUUGACUACGUCAAUACCCAGUUCCUCCUGGUGGGUGAGUCCUCUGGGUUUGAAAAAGCGUUGGCUCUUCAAAAGGAGGAUCAGGAAGAAGGGAAGGCGGAGCCCGCUGAGGAGAUGGAAAAGCUCGAGGAUGAGGAUGCGCAGCGGAUGAAGGAGUUGAGCAAGGACGACUCGGGCCGGAUCUUUGCAGAUCUGCAGGCGAAGGCCGGGGAUUAUUCUAAGCUGAAGACCGCCUUUUGAGAUACGGUUCGUUCGACCCAAAACAGAGUGUUAACGUUGAUGCUGCGUGCUGAAGUGCUUGCAGCACUCUGAUAUAAUGUUAGAGCUGGAUGUCGUAGGCCGGUUUAACCCGUCAACAAAAUACAUGGGUCGAGGAUCACAAAAAGAGUCAAACAUCAUAAACUGGGAACAUCCACCGCAUACCCCGUGGCUAGUCCCAGCUAAGCGAGGAGGUAUACAAAUCCGGCUUCUGCGGAAGUUCAUAUCCAUGCGUUGCUUGAGCUCUGAGUUUGUCCGCAACCUAUUGGCUUCAGUCUACUAAUGGUACCAGAAUAAGUACGGAUAGACUGGCUGGACUGGCUAGACCUCUAUUUGAGUCGUCAAGUUUU